AUGGGUGCAGAGCAGCGCGACGUGCGCUGGAAAAGGCGGGAUAAGACGCCGACGGGUGCAGACCAGCUGCAUGUGCAUCAUGCGUGGUAUCCUGCACGGCGCCCCUCUUUGAGCCUCGACCCAGGCGUCUUCCCUCUUGUGCUCUCUGCUGCCUGUCGCCUUGCAGCGUCUGGCGGCCUCUGCCCAUUCGCCGGCAUUCCUUAUUGGCCACGAUAG